GUAUCACAGCCAUUGUUUUUUGUUGAUUUUAAGUCUUUCUUUGUUAAACCACUUCUUGUGCAAAGUUCAUAUGAAACACACAUUUUAAUCAUCAAAACAGUCAAAAUGUCAAAUGUGUUGCAUAAAAGAGUUUCCUUCCGCAUUGUAACAAAAUAAUUUCGUAAAAUAUACCAAAAAAUACUCUUGGCUAUAUGUAUCGAUACAGCAGCCCACAAUGUCGAUACUGUAUCAUCACAUUAAAUGAUACGAUGUAUUCAUUUUUCGAUAUUUUUGCACAAACCAACUGUUACUUAGAUCAAGUGUGGCCAAAAUAACACCGAAAACCGACAUGUAACUGACUGAAAUGUGGAACUGAAAUGGAAAAACUGAUGCUGGUACAAAUUUACAUGAACAAAUUAACAAGUUAAUACUGUUAAUUUGAAUAGUUUGUGUGAUUUAUUUAGUUUUAUCUUUAUUUGAAGGGACAAUGUGCAGCGACAAUGAGUGCGUUUACAUGCACAUCAGUAUCCCGGUUAUGGAAGUAUUUGGGAUAUGCUUGUCUACAUGCUCGCUGAGAAACUGGGGUACUCUUAUACCUGUAUACAUGCCACUGCCACAGUAUCCCGGUUACUAUCAGAAUAUGCCUGCUACACUAUCCCAGUUUCUCAUAACAUUCUCAUCAUUAUUCGGGAUACUGCAGGAUACUGAUGUAUACUGUAUACACACUCAUUACGCUCACAAAAACACCAGAUUACAGUUAAAUAGCUAGUUUCUGUCUGUAGUCAUUUGACCUAAUUUCACUAAAACAUGUAUUAAUUAAUGUAUUAAAGAUUAAAUGCAGUGUAAUAAUAAACAAUAUCCUAAAAAACAUCUAAAGACCCCCCUUAGUUCAUAUGACUACACUUUGGGAACCACUGAUGUAGAUAGAAAAAUAAACCCAAAAUGUAUAGAGGCACAUAUUGGCAACCAAAAAUAUGAAUAAUUGAGUAAAAAUCCAAUCCAAUCCAUUUUAUUUGUACCAUAAAGAAAGACUGUUUCCAAACUGCUGCACAUAGAGAAAAAAAAAAUCAACAAUGUAAUACAAUAGCAAAUAUAGAGCAAAAACAGGUAAGAGAAAUAGACCCAUAUGAAUAAAUAAAUAAAAUCAGUAAAACAAAACAAAAGACCACAGAACUCAAAACUGUGAAUGAUUGAUAAAAUUUAAGGGGUUAGUAAAGCACUAAUAACAAUGUAUCACUGUGUAUCAUGUUCAUUCUUGCUAUUGAAAUGUGUUAUAGGUAGAACGGAAAUAUCUGAUAAGUAGCAAUAAGGAAGACCAGCUGUGUGAAUGAUUGACUAUAAUACAACCUUUACAAGAGGAACACGGACUUUACAGCUCGGAGACAACACAUGCGUUUGCAACUAAGGUAAAACUGUAUUCAUUUAGGAUUAUUUUUUACUACUGUUUUAAGGCUUUUUGUUUUGUUUUGAGUCUGUGUAUUUUUUUCAGUUGAAGAGUUAAGUCUGAGUUAGAAAAUGAGUGACAUUUCGGACGAUGACAAUGAGAUCACCUUUAGAGUCAAGUUCCUGGGUCGUGUGGAGGUGCUGCGACCUGAAGGACUACAGAUCCUGGAGGAGGCAUCACUGAGUCUCAAGACAGCUGAUUCAACUUCUUCAGAGAAAGCGGCGAAGAACAGCAAAGUUCACCUUUUUUUGUCUAGGAGUGGAAUUGAUAUCCUAGAAAACAAAACUAAGUUCCUGUUAUAUUCGUGCCCUCUGCCCACUGUGUCCUUCUGCGCUGUCCUGCCAUCGUCACCCAAAGUCUUCGGGUUUGUGGCCAAGCACCCGGCCGUAGACACGCACCACUGCUAUCUCUUCCAGAGCAAGAAGUUUUCUCAUGUGUUGGUGUCUGUGAUCGGAGAUGCGUUCAGGGCCUCACACAAGGGGAGCAGUGUUCAGGGAGGGAGGGACCUGAUCGUAGAGGCUCUCAGACACAAGAAUAAAAUGCUGCAGAGAGAGAACAGUGAGCUGAAGAGGAAGCUGUCAGGACAAACCGACUCCUCCCUGUCUUUCUAAAUAAAUUACCUGAUUUCUGAUCAAACAUGAAAUAAAAUAAACACAUUUUCUACAAUUUUC